AUGGAGGAGAACAGGUGGUUUUUGAACAUCAUUCAGGAUGACUUCAUGGAUGGGAAGAUUGAUUUAGAUAGCACUGUUAAACUACUUGAAAAACUGCACAUGCCUUUUAAUCUCGCCCAUGUGAAACAUGUUUUCAAGAAAACAGUUGACAAGCGGAAGAUACGUACUAUUAACAUAGAAGACUUCAGAGCAAUUUAUCGAGCUAUUGUACACAGAAAUGAAUUUCAUGAAAUUUUCUGUGCUUACUCUCAAAACCACAAAUGUCUUGCUGACACCGAGCUCACUGAAUUUCUCAAAAAAGAACAAUUUAAAACUGAAGAUGCUGAAACAACUGCCUUAGAAGUAAUUUUGAAGUAUGAACCCAUUGAUGAAGUUAGGAAAAGAAGACAAUUGUCGUUUGAAGGGUUUAUAAGGUACAUGAGUUCAGAAGAUUGUAUUAUAUUCAAGAAAGAGCAUCGGACCGUCUACCAAGAUAUGAACCACCCAUUAUGUGACUAUUUUAUUUCAUCUUCUCACAAUACCUACUUGGUAUCUGACCAGCUAGUAGGACCCAGCGAUUUAAAUGGAUAUAUCAGUGCUCUGUUAAAAGGAUGCCGUUGUCUGGAAAUUGACUGCUGGGAUGGCUCAAACAAUGAUCCUGUUGUGUAUCAUGGUCACACCCUCACAAGCAAACUUCCAUUUUAUUCUGUAAUUCACGCAGUAGACAAGUAUGCUUUUGCGGCAUCUGAUUAUCCAGUUGUGCUGUCUUUGGAGAAUCACUGCAGCCCUAAGCAACAAGAAAGGAUGGCACAAUAUUUACUAAAUAUUCUAGGUGACAAACUUCUUACUUCAACAAUUGGUGACAUACCGGUGACUCAGCUACCUUCUCCUGAGGCAUUAAAAUUCAAAAUAUUGGUAAAAAAUAAGAAAAGUGGAACAAUUGAAGAAACUAUGCUCAGGAAAGGUCAGGACACUCAUGGUGAAACAGGGGAAGUAUCUGAAGAGGAAAUUACAUCAAGUGACGAGGAGACUGAUGAAAAAGCCCCUCUUUACCCAAAAAGUAAAUCCUCAAAAAGAAAAUCUGAAGUUAGAUCUUCACCUCCACCUCGAAAAAAGGCAAAGAUGAAGAAAAUGAAGAUUGCCAUUGAGUUGUCGGACCUUGUGAUUUAUACCAAAUCUGAGAAGUUUGUAAGCUUUGAGCAUUCAAUAACUCAUCAGAAGUGUUAUGAAAACAAUUCAAUUGGAGAGGUUAAAGCACAAAAAUUUGUAAAACGUGCAGCUAAUCAGUUUGUUUCACAUACUUCACGUUUCAUUACAAGAAUCUACCCAAAAGGAACAAGAGCAGAUUCUUCAAAUUAUAAUCCUCAAGAGUUCUGGAAUGUGGGUUGCCAAAUGGUGGCCUUAAACUUCCAGACACCAGGAAUACCAAUGGAACUGCAAAAUGGGAAAUUCUUAGACAAUGGUGGUUGUGGAUACAUUCUGAAACCAGAAUUCCUGAGAAAUCGCAAUUCAACAUUCAACCCACACAACGUGGGAAGAUAUAGUAAACCAAUAUCUCUGUCAAUAAGGCUCAUCAGUGGUCAUCAGUUACCACCCAGUAACCUGUCGAAGAGUAACAAAGCUGACCCUUUAGUGCAGAUAGAAAUUUAUGGUGUGCCAGAAGAUCAAGCAAAAAGAAAAUCUAGUGUCAUAAAAAGCAAUGCUUUGAGUCCUAGAUGGGAUGAAACUUUCUCUUUUACCGUCCAAGUUCCAGAACUAGCACUGAUUCGCUUCUGUGUACAAGAUGAGAUCUCUCUGAUUGCAAAUGAUUUCCUUGGUCAAUACACUUUACCACUGCUGAGUCUGAGUAAAGGUUACUGCACUGUUCCCCUGUUUUCCAAACGUGGUGGCAAACUGGAACCUGCAUCUCUGUUUGUGUACGUAUGGUACUACUAAUAGUGCUCUGCAAUAGUUGGCAUUCUGGUGACUCACACCCCACUCAAUAAAGCAACAUCACUUGGCCUG